GUUAAUUUCUCCAUUUUGAGAUCUAGAAAGUCCAUCUUAUCUUAAAUGUCUCAAGUUUUUUUGAAAUUGUCCACUGCAAUAAAUUAUGACCUCUCCACCGAACACCCCAGAGGGCAAACAUGGACUCUGUAUUUAAGAUUCUUGAAGGGAAUGUCAUUACUUUUGUUGAGAAUGAGCAGAGGAGGUUUCAUAAGCUUUUAGACCCAGAACACGUUCAUAGCUCAGAUGAUGAUGAGGAGGUGGUGAACUGGGAAGAUGAAGAGCAGAAGAGAUUUAUCAAAGAAGCAGUUCUCAACAUCACCCUGCAAUUUUUAAGGAGAAUGAAACAAGAAGAGUUGGCCUUUGCUCUACAUAACAAGAGCGUUGCGGCCAAAUGCCAAUGCAAACUCAAAUCUAAUCUGAUGACAAGGCUGGCAUAUGUGUUUGAAGGAAUUGCCAAAGAAGGUCAUCCAACCCUUCUUAAUAAGAUCUACACUGAGCUCUACAUAACUGAAGGAGACCCCACAGAGGUCAACAGUAACCAUGAAGUGAAAUUGAUUGAAAAAGCCUUCAGAAAACCUGUUAAACCAAUAUUAACAAUCAGAUGUGAAGACAUCUUUAAACCCCUCACUGGAAGAGAUAAACCAAUCACAACAGUGAUGACAGAGGGAGUGGCUGGCAUCGGGAAAACAGUCUUAACACAGACGUUUGCACUGGACUGGGCUGAAGGAAAAGUUAACCAGGACAUCCAGUUCACAUUUCCAUUUUCUUUUAGAGGACUUAACAUGUUAAAGGGAAAAAAGUUUAGUUUGGUCGAACUUAUUCAUCUCUUCUUUCCUGAAAUCAAAGAAGCAGGAAUCCACAGCUUCGAAGAGUUCAGAGUUUUGUUCAUCUUUGAUGGUCUAGAUGAGUGUCGACUUCCUCUGAACCUGAAGACCAAGGAGGUCCUGAUGGAUGAUUCAGAGCCCACUUCCUUAGAUGUCCUGCUGACAAACCUUAUCAAAGGGAAGUUACUUCCCUUAGCUCGCAUCUGGAUCACAACUAGACCUGCAGCUGCCCAUCAGAUCCCUGCUGAGUUUGUUGACCUGGUGACAGAAGUCAGAGGAUUCAAUGACCCUCAGAAGGAGGAGUACUUCAGAAAGAGAUUCACAGAAGAAGAGGAAAGCAGAAGGGUAAUUUCUCACAUUAAAAUGUCAAGAAGCAUCUUCAUAAUGUGUCACAUCCCUGUGUUCUGCUGGGUCACUGCUACUGUUUUAGAGAAUGCAUUUAAAACCAAGGAGAAAAGAGACUUGCCCAAGUCCCUGACCUAG